AUGGUGCUGGCAGAGCUCGGGCAGAAGAUCGGGGCGGCGAUCUCCAAGAUGUCGUCAAAGCCGCUCUUGGGCGAGGACGACGUGAAGGAGCUGCUAAACGACGUGGCACGGGCGCUGCUUCAGGCCGACGUGCACGUGACGACGGUGAAGGAGCUGCAGCAGACAGUACGCGCCGAGGUCGCCAUCACGUCAGAGGCGGUGGGGCUUAACAAGCGGAAGAUACUGCAGACCGCCGUGUUCAACGGCCUUAAGAAGAUCCUCGACCCGGGCGUCAAGCCCUUCAUGCCUGUGAAAGGGAAAAAAAACGUUGUCAUGUUUGUCGGCCUUCAGGGGUCUGGCAAGACGACGUCCUGCACAAAGUAUGCGGCGUACUUUCAACGCAAGGGUCUCAAGACGGCACUGGUAUGCGCCGACACUUUCCGUGCUGGGGCUUACGACCAGCUGCGGCAGAAUGCCACCAAGGCGAAGAUUCGCUUCUACGGCUCUCUCACCGAGGCCGACCCUGUCAUUAUCGCCAAGGAGGGUGUGACGGAGCUGGAGAAGGAGAAGUAUGACCUCAUCAUCAUUGACACCAGCGGCCGCCACAAGCAGGAGUCUGCCCUCUUUGACGAGAUGAAGCAGGUGCAGGAGGCGGUGAAGCCGAACGACAUUGUCUUUGUCAUGAGCGCCACAGACGGGCAGGGGAUUCGCGAGCAGGCUCGACAGUUUAAGGAGAAGGUGCCGGUUGGCUCCGUGAUUGUCACAAAGCUUGACGGGCAUGCAAAGGGCGGUGGGGCGCUGGCGGCUGUUGCCAUGACAAAGAGUCCCAUCGUCUUUAUUGGCACAGGCGAGCACUUUGACGACUUUGAACUAUUUCAACCAGAGAGCUUUGUGAGUCGCAUGCUAGGCAUGGGGGACAUGCGGGCUUUGAUGGACACGAUGAAGGAUGCCAACAUCAACAGCGAUAGUGAGCUUUACAAGCGAUUUCAGGAUGGCCAGUUUACGAUGCGGGACAUGUAUGAGCAUCUGCAGAAUGUGCUAAAAAUGGGCUCCAUGAGCAAGAUCUUGAACAUGAUCCCCGGCAUGUCGGCUCUCAGCGGGGCCGCUGGCGAGCUCGGGGACGUGACGCUGAAGGCCUUUAUUCACAUCAUGGACAGCAUGACGGCCGCGGAGCUGGAUGACGCGCGUGUGAAGAAGACCAUGACCCCCUCCCGUAUUCUCCGCGUCGCCCGAGGCAGCGGGCAUACGCUCCUUGAGGUGCAGAACCUCAUUACUAGCUACACGAAGUUCGAGGAGGUGGUAAAGAAGAUGGGCAAAAUGAACUUCAAGGCCAUGACGCAAGAUCCUGGCAGUAUGCUCUCAGGGCGCAUGGGGCAGCAGCAGAUGACGCAGCUGGCAAAGGCGCUUAGUCCGGCGAUGCUGCGGCAGAUGGGUGGGUUUCUGGGCUGCAAGGCAUGA